AUGACUUUUUCUGCAAACCAAGACAUUAAUGCUAGCCCAACAGAUGAGGCGCGCAAGGCUGGAGCCCCCUUCAACCGUGAGGACGCCGACUUCACCAUCAUCACCCGCGAUCACGUCGACUUCUACGUCCAUCGUUCUAUACUCUCCGUCGGCUCCCAGUUCUUUGACGGCAUGUUUACCGUCCCCCAACCUCGAGACACCGACCCGAUCCCUGCCAGCGUCCACGUUGUCGAAGACAGCACGACUAUCGACGUCUUCCUGCGCCUCCUGUACCCCUCGGAAGACUAUCUCGUCACAUCACUCGACAUUUUUGUCCCUGUCUUGGAAGCGGGAAGGAAGUUCGAGGCUCGGAAGAUUCUCAGCACGAUGCGACGACAACUCCUGUUCCCCUGCUUCCUCAACCAAGACCCUCUCCGCGUCUUCGCUAUCGCGUGUCGUUUCGACCUGGAAAACGAAGCAGCGAUCGCAGCGGUCGAGGCCGUCGUCACCAAUCGCGUCAUGGAUCAGUACUGCGCCGAUCUGGACGAAAUAGCAGCCGGGUCAUACUAUCGGCUCCUCGCACUUAACCGCAAGACCCGGGAGGUGCUGCCAAACGGAGCUCUCACGGUGGACACCGCCGGAGUGGCCCCAUUCUGUGAACGUGGGCCCUCUGUGCGGAGCCUUGUGGCGGUCCUGGAGCCCGGCAUGGUGGAGGAGGAGACGACAGCGGAGUUUAACGCCGAGGUCUCGCGAGAUCUCCCCCCUGACCUGGAGCUACAGACCGCGGACGGGCAUUCCUUCUUCGUGCACAAGACGAUCAUCACGCUCGCUUCGUCUCGUUGGCUGUCCAAUCUGGCGGAACAGGACACCCACACGACUUCCAACUCCUCCUCUCUCACCCUUCCUGUAUACCGCAUGAGGGAAGGCGCCGAUGUCGUCCUUCGUCUCUUGGAAGGGAGCUACCCGUCGCACACGAUUUCCGAUCCAGGGGCGUCUGCUAUCGAAGUAUUUCGCGCAGCCGCGAAAUAUAACCUCACCAAAGUCGCCUGGUUGAUGCUCCCCUCCUUGCGCAAGGAAGCCGCCUCCCGCCCUUUGGAGCUCUACUUCAUAGCUGCCGGGUCGGGCUUGCGUCGCGAAGCACAGGCCUUUGCCUAUGCAGUCGUCAGGAAGUAUGGUGACGCAACUUCGAUAUCAAAGGUGUACGUCCCCGAAAUGGAGGACGUGCGCACUCCAGCCUUCCGAGACCUGCUACUCUACGCAACAAGAUGCUUGGAAGCCGCGGCGGAGGUGGACACCGUCAACCGGCUCCCUCGGAUGCCGCGCGCCGCCAGCCCCGCAGUGAACAAUGUCCUGGCCGCGCUCUUUCCCGAGUCGCUCGAGCUGCACAACCCACCGAUGUGGCUGAGCGACGACAUCGUCGUCGAGCUCAAGGAGGCGGUCGUCCGUCGCGAGGCCUUCUCCCGGUCCCGGGGCGGGUUGCGGCUGCUCCUCGAGGCAGAGAGCAGUGCCUCUGCGUGGUCUUAUGGGGAGGAUGUCUACCCGUCAUCGGAGCGCAGGCUGGAGUGGGCGUUGGCGUUUCUUGAGAAGUACGCGCAAGCGGUGGACGUUUCGAUGAGAAAGCGCGCGAUGUCAGUUCCCACAGACCAGGCUGCUCCCGAUCCACCUACUCCAGUCCCAAUUGAAACACGCAAGGCGCAGGCACCAUUCGACCGGGAGGACACGGACCUUAUCAUCCGCACCAGCGAUCACGUCGACUUCUAUGUCCACCGUCUCGUCCUCUCCCUGGGCUCCGGCUUCUUCGAAAGCAUGCUCACCCUGCCUCAAGCCGAAGACACCGACCCCGUUCGGCCGUGCGUGGACGUCGUCGAAGACAGCGCGACCAUCGACCCAUUCCUCCGCCUCCUGUACCCCUCCGAGGACCACUCCGUUGCUUCUUUCGAGACCAUCAGCCGCGUCAUCGAAGCAGGAAGGAAGUUCGAUUCACCCAAAAUCAUAGGCCUGAUGCGCAGGCAGCUCUUGCUCCCGUGCUUCCUCGACAAGGACCCUCUGCGCGUCUUUGCGAUCGCAUGUCACUUCGACCUAGAGGACGAGGCAGAGGUAGCGGCUGUCAAGGCAGUAGUCGCCAAGCGCGUCACGGAUCGAUACUGUGUCGAUCUGGAUUGGAUCGCUGCAGGGUCGUAUCAUCGCCUUCUCGCUCUCAACCGGAAGAUCCCACGGGUGGUCGAUGGGAUCUCAACCGUCGACACAACCGGUUUGGCUCCCUUCUGCAGGCGCGGACCCUUGUCGGAAAAAGCCGAUCGGCAUUGCAAUGGCUCCGCGUUGAGACGCCCUUGCAAGCGCCUUUGCAAUCGAUCGCCAUGCCGGCCCGAGAUUGCAAUGGGAACGCAAUGA